AUGGCCGUGGAGCUGACGAUGGGCGCCGAGCUGCCCAGCAGCCCGCUGGCCAUCGAGUACGUCAAUGACUUCGACCUGAUGAAGUUCGAGGUGAAGAAGGAGCCGCCCGAGGCCGAGCGCUUCUGCCACCGUCUGCCGCCCGGCUCGCUAUCCUCGACGCCGCUCAGCACGCCCUGCUCCUCCGUGCCCUCCUCGCCCAGCUUCUGCGCGCCCAGCCCGGGCACCGGCGGCGGCGCGGGGGGCGGCGGCGGCGCGGCGCAGGUCGGGGCUGCCCCGGGGCCGGCAAGCGGGGGCCCCGGCGCCGUCGGGGGCGCCUCGGGGAAGCCGGCGCUGGAGGAUCUGUACUGGAUGAGCGGCUACCAGCACCACCUGAACCCCGAGGCGCUCAACCUGACGCCCGAGGACGCGGUGGAGGCGCUCAUCGGCAGCGGCCACCACACCGGGCACCACGGUGCGCACCACCACCCAGAGGCCGCCGCGGCCUACGAGGCCUUCCGGGGCCAGGGCUAUGCGGGCGGCGGCGGCGCGGACGACAUGGGCGCCGGCCACCACCACGGCACGCACCACGCCGCCCACCACCAUCACCACCACCACCACCACGGCGGCGCGGGCCAUGGCGGCGGCGGCACGGGCCACCACGUGCGCCUGGAGGAGCGCUUUUCCGACGACCAGCUGGUGUCCAUGUCCGUCCGCGAGCUAAACAGGCAGCUCCGCGGCUUCAGUAAGGAGGAGGUCAUCCGGCUGAAGCAGAAGCGGCGCACGCUCAAGAACCGCGGCUACGCUCAGUCGUGCCGCUUCAAGCGGGUGCAGCAGCGGCACAUUCUGGAGAGCGAGAAGUGCCAGCUCCAGAGCCAGGUGGAGCAGCUGAAGCUGGAGGUGGGGCGCCUGGCCAAGGAGCGGGACCUGUACAAGGAGAAAUACGAGAAGCUGGCCGGCCGGGGCGGCCCCGGGGGCGCGGGCGGAGCCGGCUUCCCGCGGGAGUCCUCGCCGGGAGUCGGGGCCAAGGGCGCUUCCGACUUCUUCCUGUGA